AUGGCGCAGCCGGACCUCGCCAAGGUGCUCGACGCUAUGCGGCGUGCCGGUAUGGACACCUCGCAGUGCAAGGGGAUCAUUUACGCGCCGGAGCUGUUCGACAACCUCCUGAAGAAUGUGCAGACCUCGAAGGCGAUGGACGCGUUUCCGACCCUCGAAAAGGCUUUCUCUACGCUCCUCACCACUCACGGCACGCAAGGUUUGAUGCCGACCGGCGGUCCGACGCUCACGGAGGAUACUUACCACUUCGUGCCGCCUCAAGUGCCCGUCGACAAACUUCCGGACGACUUCGACUUCAAGGCGCUCGGAAACGAGUUCUUCAAGCUCAGGCGAGAUGCCGAAGCCGUCAAGGCGUACACCGAAGGCCUCGCGCGCAACCCCUCGCCCGAGUUGCGCCUCCUCCUCCGCCUUAACCGCGCGCAGGUCCACCUUCGCCUCGAGAACUUCGCUUCGGCCUAUCACGACAGCUCGUUUGUCCUCAAGGAGCUCGACAAAGGCGUUACCGGACCAUCCCAGGCGAGGUUGAAGGCGACUCUCCGCCUCGCUCGCGCUUUCGAAGGCAUGCGUCACCUCACGCUCGCGCUCGAGCACUUCGCCAAGGUCGUUGAACUCGAUGCCGGCAGCAAGGAGGGUGCGGAGGGCAAGAAGCGCAUCGAGCGCAAGCUCCGCGAGACGAACGAGGGCGAGUACGAUUGGCGCGAGCUCGAGAAGCAGGCCAAGACCAACAUGAGGCUCGACGUCGGCGACUUUGUCGGACCGGUCAAGCUCGUCAAGAUGGAGGGACGCGGUGGAGGGCGCGGACUUGUCGCUACGAGGAGCAUCGAGGCGGGCGAGCUGCUCAUCGUCGACAAAGCUAUUGUCGUUGGAGAGCCCAACCCUGCCAGCGACCCAUCCAAGGCCUUCCUCUUCGGCGGACAAGCCGCCUGGCAGCUCUCGAUGUACCAGUCCGCACAGAGGCUCGCCAGCCUCAUCAAGGAGGAUCCUUCGCUCGAGCCCUUCGUCUACAGCCUUCACAGCAAGGUCCAGCCAGCGACUUACGAUCUCGCCUUCGAAUCCCUCGACCACCGUCAGCUUCCCCAGGAGGACGACUCCGUCCAGCUCGACAAGAUCCGUCUCGAGUCAAUUUGCUCGACGAACGGCUUCCAGCGCUGCGGCGAGUCUCUCGACCGCGCGAACUCGGCACUCGACGCCGGAUCUGGCCUGCACCUCCGCAUGUCCCUCCUCAACCACAACUGCGUCCCGAACACCGUCAUCCAGGGACUCCGCGACGUCAAACUCAUCCGCGCGCGCGUUCCCAUCAAGGAGGGCGAAGAAGUCUGCCUGCGUUACAUCGGCCCGAUGCACAGCCGUCGCCCCUACAUCCUCGCGGGGCACUUCCCCGACGGCUGCAAGUGUGCGUACUGCCUCGACGAAGCUCUCGACAGUCCCGCCCAGGUCAAGCAGCGCAAGGCUCUCCUCGGCAGCGACACCGAACUCGGCAAGCAGGUUCGCCAGUUCAGCACCCUUGCGGACCGCACUCCCGACUUCGUGCUGUGCUUUCUCGACCACAUCGCUCGCGUCGAGAGGACCUACUCAGCCCAGCGCGUCUUCCGCCUCGACCUGAUUGAGGUCUACCGCGCGAUGAGCGACAUGUGCCUCUACUCCAAGGUGCCGGUGAUGCACUUGGCGAUCAAGUAUCGCUUGGCAUCCCUCGAAGCUGCCGGCCUCGUCGUUGACGACGAGCAGGACCGCAUUCGCAUCGUCGCAAUCCCGUUCGAGGACGAGGACAGCGCCGUUUCGAGUCUCCUCAAGGUUGCCAGCUACUUGGCAAGGCUCGAGGGCGAGGGAAAGAAUGCGCGCAGGUGGACGCUCGCGGCGUUCGAUAUGAGCAAGGCGCUUUACUCGGAUGACUGGGACCGCUUCGUCGAGCGCCACCAAGCGGAUGUCCAAAAGCUCGGCCUUAACGGCUUGCUCGAAGAGUGCAGGGUGUGA